GGCGACUCCUGCGCCGCGACCAUUUCAUCCCCGUAGCCACCGGCGGCAGACGCAGCGUGCGCUCCGUGCCAGCCCCGCGCGCGCCACCUCUUGGUAGCACGCUUCACCUGCGCCGCCACCUCCGUCACCAUCUCCACCAGCGAGCGCCAUGUCGCACGGGCCCGCGAGGACCAGCGGCCACUGCGAGUAGUGAGCGACCAGCCGAGCGUGCCCCGUGAGUGCGAGUGAGACAGAGAACAAGUGCGCCGUCCGUAGCCAGGACCAUGAAGACGGCCGCCAUCACCCUGGUGCUGCUGGGGAUGCUGUGGGCGGGGACCACCAGCGCGGCACCCCAGAAACGAGGCUGUUCGGCGUACGGCCAUUCGUGUUUCGGCGGCUACGGCAAGCGCGCCGGGGGUGGGGCCGGCGUGCUGGUCGCGCCCCUGCCGCCGCCCCAGCCCCGGGGCGCCGACGGGGACCCCACCCCGGAGAGGCUGCCCUACCUGCGGAGCCUUCGGAGCCCCCAGGACGACGAUGAGGCCGCAUUCAUCGUGCUGAGACAGUCGCCAGUGAGCUCCCGCACCCCGCUGUGGGGGAGGCCGGCGGCGGCCUCUACCAGGACGUACCACGGCGAGGACGACGACAACAACGGCGAGACGGUCAGCGUGCUCGAAGGCGGCGGUGGCCUCGGCGGCGGCGCGGUACCCGCGGCCGAGCGGAGGGCGGACAGUGCCGAGGAGGCGGAGCAGGCCGCCGAGCCCUACACCAACAUCAACCACGCCGACCGCCUCUUCCUGCGCCGCUGGCUGAGGACUUACCGGCGCGCGAGCGACCGAGCUGCCCGCGGCUCCGCGCGGGAGUAGCGCCACGGGGGGACACCAUACCAUGGUGACACAGAGUCACUCCGCUGCUAGACAGAAGAAGAGAGGAAAACUAUAAAGACGUGUUGUGAA